AUGGUUCUAACCAUGGCAUCUUCCCUCCGAAGCAGUUCCCUGCACUUCGGGCGUUCAAUCGCUCGUGCUCCCAUCCGUCAUGUCUCUCCAAUCCCUCGAUUCCACAGAAACAUCAGCGCCGGGACGUCUCGUCUCCAUCCUGACUCCAAAGAAGACGACUCAACCAACGUGUGGAAGCUGACGCAAGAGGACCAAGCCCGUUACUGGCAAGGAUACCUCUCCACGCGGCCCAAAUACACCGACUCCUUCUACAACCUCAUCUACAACUACCACGCCUCCCAAUCCAAGACGCCCUCGUUCGACGUCGCACACGACGUCGGUGCCGGACCGGGACAGGUCGCGGUGAAACUGGCGGAGAAAUACAAGCACGUCGUCGUGAGCGAUAACAAUGAGAACCACGUCGACUAUGCGCGCUACGCACUCUCGAAGACCGACAUCCCCGCUGAGCGAUUCUCCUACGACGUCGCGCUCGGCGAGGAGCUCGGUGUCCAGUAUCCGGCCAACUCGGCGGACCUGGUUGUCUGUGCGCUGAUGUUCCCGCUUAUGGAUACCGCGACGGCGCUGCAGAGCUUCCGUACUGUGCUGAAGCCGAACGGCACCCUGGCCGUGUGGUUCUACGGGCGUGCGCAUUUCUCGGAGCCCGAGUACGCUGAGAUCUGUCAGCCGGUGCUGGACGCUAUCAUCAACCACCACUUCGGCGGCGUCAUCAAGGGCGGUGGGCCUGAGCAUACGGCGGGGUGGAAACGUGCCGCUGACGGCAUUGCGAGUUGGUUGGAUUACAUCCCCUUUGCGCAGGAGGAGUGGAAAUCUGUGCAGCGACACAAGUGGAACACGGAGUGGACGCAGCUGGGAUUCUUUGGUCAGGAUGCGUGCAAUUUCCCCGUGGAGCCGGUCAGUGAGGUCAAGGAGGGGGAGGUUACCAUUGAGAAACAAGAUCGGGAUCUCUGGAAGAAGGAUUGGAAUCUGGCGCAGCUGCGUCAGUUCGUCCAGCAUAUCUUCCCGUUUAACGGGACGGAUGAGGAGCCGGUUAAGCCGUUGUGGGCAGAGUUGGAGAAGAAGAUGGGCGGGGCGCAGGCUCAGCGGACGUUCUCGUGGCCGGUUGUUCUGGUUUUAGCUUCGAAGAAAUGA